CGUUCUUUCGCUUUUAAACUUUUCGCUCUUACCUCCCAUUACCAUAUUAUUCAGACAUUAACAUGGGUCAAAUUCAAAAGGGUUUUGCAUUAACCAUUGCAAUAUGUGGAAUACUUUCUCUUCUUUGUGGUUUCGUAUCAACUGUAUGUGGAUGGAUUUUUGCCUCAAAAAUACCAGAUGAUUUUCGAUUUCAAUCUUUUGAAAGUUAUGGUACAACUAGUUAUUCUUUUGGAGUGUAUUGGUGGGGUGGAUUAGCUCUGUUUGUUCCUGGCAUUCUUGGAAUUGUAGUUGCAUGCACAAGAAAUGUUUGUGCUAUGGUUGCUUUUUUGAUUUUUAAUAUAAUUGGCAUGCUUGCUUCGAUUGCAUGUGUUGUUGUUGUUAUACUCAUACUUGUGGUUUGGAUGGCAUUAGAAAUAAAUGAUAACUCUUGCAAAUCUAUUUUAAACACCUGUACCUGUGUAGUUGAUGAUAAACGUUCAUUUACAAUGAACGCUAGUUGCGAAACACUAUCAAGUCUUCAACCUCUUCUUUUGGCAAUAAUUGUUGGGGUAGCAUUAUCUGGAUUUGUCGCAUUUAUAGCUUCCUAUGUCAGCUGCUGUUCGCUGUGUAAUACAGAACAGGUUUAUCCCGGUAUGGUUGUUGUUCGACAGCCUCCUAACAUGGUUGUUAUGGCGAAUACUCAGUUCAAUCAGGUUCCACAAGCACCAUAUUAUAACCAGCAAAUUCCUUAUGGAGGUCUGCCUCCCGUUUACUCCUCAGUACCUGUGACUUCCUACGAUCACUAUCCUACCAAUGAUAAAGCUGCAUUGAUUGAUAAUGGAGUUGUCUAAUUUUUAUUGUUUGUGUAAAUAUAUUUAUGAUUAAUAUUGUGAUUGUAAUCUGGUAGGAACAGAGUUAUAUUUAUUGCAA